UCUAUCUCCGGUGUUGGAAAUGCCACUGCGUCAAAUGAAAAUAUUGCUAGACAUGAGAGGAAUGAGAGGGACAAGAGAGCCCGAACAGAAAGUACACAUGAAUGAGAUAUUAUUAGUGAUCCAUUUUUACGAAAACCAAUUAAUGAAUAUGAGCAGGGGGUUAGGGAUGAUGUGAUGAGAGCAUAUGCUGUUAAAGGUGCUUGUCAACCAGCAUCUCAUAAGUUUUCACGAACUGAAUUUGGAAAGUCAUUAAGGAGCUUUCGAGGAGAGUGGUUUAAAACUUGGGAAUGGUUGGAAUAUAGUAUUUCUGAAGAUGCUGCUUUCUGUUUUUGGUGUUACCUUUUUCAUGGGCAAGAAGGAAAGAGAUUUGGUGAUGAUGUGUUUGUGAGGACCGGAUUCCGUAACUGGAAGAAGUCUCCUCAGUCUUGCGGAGUUGUAUUCAUCUGAUUUUUCAGCUGUUGAGCAAAUGGAGCUUAAAGAACAACUCCAAGUUUGGAUAUAUGAGAUGAGAGGGAAUGAAGCAUUUUCCACUUUACAAAGUAUUGGUGAAGUGUCUAAGAAGAUGGUUGAGCUUACAAUUCACAAAUCUUUUCACUUGGUCAAUCGUCUUAUUGAGUUGGCUCUAGUGUUACCAGUUGCAACAGCCACAGUUGAAAGAGCUUUCUCAGUGAUGAAUAUUAUCAAGACAGAUCUUCGCAAUAAGAUGGGAGAUGACUAUCUUACGGAUUGUUUAGUAUGCUACAUCGAAAGAGACAUUUUUCAAGCAAUUGAUAAUGAAGCUAUUAUGCAGCAUUUUCAAAAUAUGAAUCUCGUAGGAUUGAUUUGCCUACGUUGCAAAAGUAAAUCAAGUAGCAUGUAAUGAACUAUAAUUUUUUUGCUAAUUAAUUACACCAUUGUUGUUCUUAUUAUAUUUUGGACACGUACUUUAAAAUUUUUAGUCUUCAGUUUGCCCCUCCUUGGACAAACCUCUGGCUCCGCCACUGGGUCACUCGGUGGCGGCGCGUGGUAGUUGAGCUGGAUAUAUAGUGGAAGUAACAGAAAGUUGCUAGAUAAAAGUCAUUGGGCUCUAGUGAUCAUUGUACUUAAUGUCGCGGGUCAUUGCACGUGAUCGGGGCCGGGUCAUUGUGACGAAUGGGUGAGUGAUACUGGCGAGCCAAGUAUUUCACUGGAUGGUCGGGUAUGUAGAUCACUACAGGCACGACUACACGAGGUAUUGGUCACUGCGGGACGGAGUUACUGGG